CCGCCGAUCGACUGCCAAGUCGGGCCCUGGGGCGACUUCAGCGGCUGCUCCGCCGCCUACUCCACGGUCAAGACCCGGCGCCGCAACGUCGUGGUCUGGCCGCUGUUCGGCGGGGCGCCGUGCCCUGCACUGGAGGAGUCGCAGCCCUGCGUGCGCGUCGACUGCCAGGUCGGACCCUGGAGCGCCUACACGUGCAACCCUUUCACGGGCUGGAAGACGCGCUCGCGGGUGGUCACGGUCCGGCCGCAGGACGGAGGCGCCGCCUGCCCCGCGCUCUCCCAGAGCGUACCGUGCGACCCCAUCAACUGCGUCGUGAGUGACUGGACGCCGUGGAGCACGUGCCUGCUCAAGGUCAAGUCCCGGGCGAGAACAGUGCAGACGUUCCCGCUGUACGGCGGCUUGGCGUGUCCGUCGCUGGUGGAAGUUCAGGCUUGCGUCCCCGUGGACUGCGCGGUGGGGGCCUGGAGU